AUGGCAAGGGGCCCUCCCUUUACUCUUAGGUGGGCAAGCAUCGCUGCUCUCCUUUGCUCUACCUUUUUCGCGUAUGACUCUGUCUUGGCUUUGCCCACUGAUCGUCCGGUUAAGGCAGCCUUGGUGGCCCUGGUUAAGGAUAACGACAUCGACGCUACGCUUUCCAGCAUCAAACAAUUCGAGGACAAGUUCAACAACCGCUACCUGCAUGACUGGGUCUUCUUCAGUGUCGAGGAUCUCUCAGAGGACUUCAAGGAGAAAACCUCUAACGCUACGAAUGCCACUUGUAUCUUUGAGGUCGUUCCUAAGGGAAACUGGAAAGCUGCGGAAUGGGCUAAGCUCUCCCAACAAUGCAUCCUUCCGGAUGUCAAGAUUGACCACGACUCCUCAGCUCUCAAGGCGAUCGCCAACAUCCGCCAGAUGAAGCGAUGGAACUCGGCCCCUUUUGCUAAAGAGAAGCGCCUCGGAUACUAUGAAUGGUUUUUGAGAGUUCAGCCAGGCGCUCAGCUGGCCCAGAACAUCCCUUUCGAUGUCUUUCGUUUCAUGCGAGACAAUGGAAUCGCCUACGGGUCUAGCCGAGCUGCUCUUGGUCAAGCCCGCCUGCCUCACCUGUCUCCUCGAAUCAAGUCCUUCGCUGACAAGCAUUCGGGGUUCCUCCACCGGGAAACCGACGUAGCAUGGCUUAUUGAGAAUGAUACAGGCAUACUCACACAGACCAACUCCUUGGAUGAAGGCUUUGAAGACUUGGUUGACGAGGGCAGUGACGAGCUGAGGUCGCGGACCAAGACGGUUUCCAUCGACGAAGCCCAGGAUGAAGGCGAGGCAUCAUCUUGGCUCAGCGAGUGCUUUGCGUCUUGGCUAGUUGACAUUCUUGGAAACAGUCUCUUCCCUAACUUCGAGAUUGGAUCACUGGCUUUCUUCCGCAGCCCUAGCCACGCUGCUUUCUUUGAUCAUCUCGACAACACGGGCGACCUUCAAUUCCGCCGAGUGAACGAUGCACCAAUCCACAGCCUGAGCGAGAAUAUGUUCCUCCCUCGAGAGAGCGCCUGGAACUUUCGCACGAUGGAGACCAAGCUUCGCUCUCAACAGGGCGACGAGCAGAGCCGAUCGGAGCGUCUCCAAAACAGUGAGAAGUGCAUGAUCAACUUGGAUAAAUCUAACCUGAACAGCAGUGUGAAGAAGGGCGACACUCACGACGCGAUGGUAGCUCUGCUCCAGUCCUGGGAUUUGAUGGCCCGAGACGUGGGAGCGCAGAGCAAGAGUCCGAAGUUGAUUUCGGGUAACACGUGGAUGGGGAAGACGAACGGGGGUGCUGGGUGCUCGUUUAUCUGGUUCUGGCGGAAGACACUAUCUGAUGAUCUAGGAUUUGGAUGGAAGGUUGAUCUUAGCUGCUUGGAUGAUGGGAUGAAGGGACAGGGGUUCACCGCCUCGCAGGUCGAGGGCAAGCAGUCGAUACUGGAGAUCACAUUUGCUACAGUAUAA